GCCAACGUCGCUCGUACGCUCAUAUCCGCUUGACUCGCUAUUUGUGUUGGAAAAAAGGACUUUGUGAAACUGCAGCGAUGUCAGUCCAGGUUGUGGCAGCGAAAAUGGCAGAGGUCGAACUCAAAGACGUCCCCACUGGCAAAGACUUCCAGGCUGACUCUCCUCUGACACCGACCUCAGAGGGCAAGAACAUGCCGCACGAGGCCGGUUCCUCUGCGGCUGCUUCCCCUACAGCGGAGUCCUCCGCCAAAGCCGGGGAAGGUUUGCUCACCCCGAACCCCGCGAAGAUGCCUCAGGCGUCGGCACUGAAGCGAUCGGACCCGCAGCAGAACGGCGGGGAGGCUUUUGUGAACCGGGACGGUACUGUCGCUGAAGCACCACGGAUGAAGAAGAUCCAGUUCGCGGACCAAAAGCAGGAGUUCAACAAGCGUCCCUCCAAGAUCGGCCGUCGCUCUCUGUCCCGCUCCAUCUCCCAGUCCUCCACAGACAGCUACAGCUCAGCGGCGUCGUAUACGGACAGCUCUGAUGAUGAGACAUCUCCUCGGGACAAACAGCAGAAGAACUCCAAGGGCAACGGAGACUUCUGCAUCAAAAACAUCAAACAGGCCGACUUCGGACGCAGAGAGAUCGAGAUCGCCGAGCAAGAGAUGCCGGCCCUCAUGGCUCUGAGGAAGCGAGCACAAGGGGAGAAACCCCUCGCCGGUGCCAAGGUGGUGGGCUGCACUCACAUCACUGCCCAGACUGCUGUGCUGAUGGAGACUCUGUCAGCUCUGGGCGCUCAGUGCAGAUGGGCCGCCUGUAACAUUUACUCCACCCAGAAUGAAGUGGCAGCUGCCCUGGCAGAGGGAGGUUUCAGUGUAUUUGCAUGGAAGGGUGAGUCAGAGGACGACUUCUGGUGGUGCAUCGAUCGCUGUGUCAACGUGGAGGGCUGGCAACCAAACAUGAUCCUGGAUGACGGAGGAGACCUGACCCACUGGAUCUACAAAAAAUACCCCAACAUGUUCAAGAAGAUCAAGGGCAUUGUAGAGGAGAGCGUCACCGGUGUGCACAGGUUGUACCAGCUAUCCAAGGCAGGAAAACUGUGUGUCCCAGCCAUGAACGUCAACGACUCCGUGACCAAGCAGAAGUUUGACAACCUGUACUGCUGCAGGGAGUCCAUUUUAGACGGCCUGAAGAGGACCACUGAUGUCAUGUUUGGAGGCAAACAGGUGGUGGUGUGUGGAUACGGAGAGGUGGGAAAAGGCUGCUGUGCCGCCCUCAAAGCAAUGGGCUCCAUCGUCUACGUCACAGAGAUCGAUCCCAUCUGUGCCUUGCAGGCGUGCAUGGACGGCUUCAGGCUGGUGAAACUGAACGAAGUCAUCAGACAAGUGGACAUCGUCAUCACCUGCACAGGCAACAAGAACGUGGUGGUCAGAGAGAACCUGGACCGGAUGAAGAACGGUUGCAUCGUCUGCAAUAUGGGACACUCCAACACUGAGAUCGAUGUGGCGAGCCUGCGGACUCCGGAGCUGACCUGGGAGAGAGUUCGUUCCCAGGUGGACCACGUCAUCUGGCCUGACGGCAAGAGGAUAGUGCUGCUGGCUGAGGGUCGUCUGCUGAACCUCAGCUGUUCCACUGUGCCCACUUUUGUGCUCUCCAUCACCGCCACAACCCAAGCGCUGGCGCUGAUAGAGCUGUACAAUGCUCCAGAGGGACGCUACAAACAGGAUGUUUACCUGCUGCCUAAAAAGAUGGAUGAGUAUGUGGCCAGUCUACAUCUCCCUACAUUCGAUGCACAUCUCACAGAGCUGAGUGAUGAGCAGGCCAAGUAUCUGGGCUUGAACAAGAACGGGCCCUUUAAGCCAAACUACUAUAGGUAUUAAACUGGUGUUGGAGUGGGACUGAAGAAUACAGAGACUCCAUGAGUGGCACAGAAUUGGAGGGAGAGGAGGAGGAGGAGGGGAGAACAUGAGGAAAGAUGGACAGAAUAGUUAACACGCCUGCUUUAAAUCUGGGAGGGGGGGACAGGAAGAGUUCCAAUGAGCUGAGGGGUGGAGGGGCGUGGCUUUUUCCCUGAGCUUUUGGCAGUCUUCUUAUUUAUUCAAGCUAAACAACAAUAAUGGUAACAUUAACUUCGCCAUUAGCUAGCGCUCUGAAAUCUUCUUUUAGAAGACGCUUUUCUUCCCUUCCACUCGUCAUUUCACCACCGUCAUCUCUUUCUCUUUAGGCGCUCAUUUGUGUGUCCAGUUGUAUGUAAGUCCUCCAUCCUCCCUUCCCAUCGUCAGAUCUUUUAUUGUUUAACUAACUAUUAAAGAUGAAAUUAUUGAUGCUAAAAAAUAUAUAUAUACUAUAUAAAAAGCUUGAUUAAAAAAUUCUGUGUGAAUGAAGAUGACCUUUAAAGAUUUAGUGACGGACAUUUUUUCCUGUCCCUUUUUUCGUUGUCUUUUCUUUUCUACCUGUGAUUCUGUUUGUUUUUUCUCUUAUGUAAUAUUGCAAGGGGCGGGAUUAAACCUAGGGGGAGGGGGAUUUGGCGGGAUCUCAGGGUCCAAUCAUAUCAUGUCUUUUUAUUUGAUUGUUUCAUUGAGAUGCACCGUUGUCUGUUUUUAAAUAUUUUUUAUGCAUUCUGUCCCUUCAGAUCAGCCUGUAGUUUGUCAUUUUGUAGUUUGACUGGAUAGUGACAGCCUGUCACUUUAAAGCCACAGUGAAACCAUCUCAUUGGCUGCUGCUUUCUCAGCUUCCAGCUGCUCACAUGGCACAAAUGUUUAAAGUAAUGGCAAGUAUUUGAAGCUAGUGAGAGCUAGCCUUUUCAUUUUGUCUUUUCCUUUUCCAAGAAUGAUUAUACUGUAGUAGAAGCAUGACAGGUUGUCAGAUAAUGGGGUAUACUGUAUAUUUAGAUAUUUAUAUUGAAAUUAAGAUUUUCUAUCUUUUUCUUUCCUGUGCAUCUAAUAUCAUUACUUUUUGGAAAAAAAAUCAACAUACAUCAUAAAGAUAAGCAAUUAAAUGUUCCAAUGAAAUGUGUGAUAAAUGUGCUCAAACCCUUAUUUUGAAAACUGUGACAGGAAAUAUUAAGAGAUACCAAAUGUGCAGCAAAACGCUGCUAGGCCGGUACUGAAGCAGAUAUUUUCAAUUAGGUCUUUAAUGAAAGGGUAUGGUGCUUAAAGAUUUACUGUACGAACCAUACACAGCACAGCUCUUUGGUACUCAAAGAUCUACUCCAGGUUUCAGUUUAUAAGAAUGACAUUACAUUUCCCUUUUGAGAAAC